AUGGCCAAGCAUACUAUUCAGUUUAUUGCUGUUAAAGAUGGAGCUGAAAUGGUGAUGUAAAAUAGGAUCUACUAAAACAAAGUGAAAAGAACAAGCUGCAAAAUGGGUGACAUAAAAAACAUACGCGUCGACAACUGGGGAAUGUUUUUCCUUCAACGGCUUCAACAGUUUUUCAAUAAAACUGAUUAUUGUGAUUUGACACUGCAGUUUCAUGAUAAUUCACAAUUGAAAGUUCAUCGCUUGGUUUUAAAUGCUUGUACAGAAUAUUUUACUAUAUUGGAAAGAAACUGUGAAAUGAUUGAUGACUGCCUUAUCAUGCCAAUGGACUUGCAAGCAGACGUUGUGGUCCCUAUUGUUAAUUUCAUGUAUACGGGGCAACUAGAAUUUAGAUAUAAUAUGCUUGAUAGGUUGCAAACUACAGCACAGAUUAUGAACAUUGCUAUACUAACAAAGUUAUUAAGAGCACAAAGAAUACAAGCACCAAAUGCUUCUAAACCAGUUUUACUGAACCAUCAGAAUCCUAUUGUUUCUAUGACAUAUAACUUACAAGGUCGAAAUAUUAUCCAGAAGGUAGAUGAGUAUUCAAAUGCUAGAAACAUGAAAAGGCGACCAAUGUCUUACGGGCUGGAUAAUAUAACUCCGGAACCAUUGAGGGUGACUAAACCUAAAUUUUCAAAUAUUGUUGAUAAUGUACCUCGUCCUACAAGAUUUGAAGCAACAGAAGUUGUUAGCGAUAAUACAUUUGAAACUUCUUUUGAUAGCAUAUCUUAUGAAAGCAAACCUCUAUCUAUGCCAAAAUUGGAUAAUAAUUCAAUUGAAUCAAAAAAUUCAAACUCUAACAAUCCGUUUGAAGAAUUGCGCAAGGGUUAUGUGCAAAAACGACCAGCUCCUGCAUCACCAACUUCUUCUGAACCUAAACGUGUAAAUUUACAAGAUGUCAAAGAGUAUGUAGAAGCCCAUCGGCUGCGAGCAAAUUAUGAAGUGGAAGAAAAUGAAGAUGACCCGGAUGAUGAUAAUUAUCAUGACAAUGGAAAUGAUGAUUAUGAUAGUGGUCAAGAAGAGGACCCAAAUUCUAACUCACAAGAAAUAUCUACAGAAUCUUCAAACCAAGCCUUACAGAAUAUUAAAACAGAACAGCAAAAAAUAAUAAGUGUAAGUCAAGACUCCAGUGCUAAUCACGCUCGUAUAAUAAGUGAGGUUCUAAAGAAGUAUCCACAUAUCAUGAAGAAUAAUAAAAAUAUUAAACUUAAAGUAGUUCAGCAAAGAUCAAGUGGAACGACAAAGCUAAAUAAUGAUGAUAAAGUUGUGGUUAGUGUAGCAAAAGAAUGCAGUCCAAAUAAUGACGGUAAAGUUAUUACACACAAAAUAAUAACUCCUUCAGGUCAAAUUAAAGUUGAAGAACAACCUAAAGUAAUUGAUGCAAAAAAGAUGCAUGCCCUUCUUGCAUUAGGCGCUGAAAAUAAGACUGGUCCCUGGCUUUGUUUAAGAUGUGGAACAAAUGGUAGACCUAUAAGUUUUCCUUCUUACCCCGUUUUUAGAAAACAUCUAGUUCGAGUUCAUAAUGAAAAAAUAGAUGUAAGAAUUUGUGAACACUGCGGUCAUAAGUCCACAAAACGUAAUUAUUUAUAUUUUCAUCUAUAUACUAAGCAUGGUAUUAAACCACCUAGUAACACACAUUUUCCUAAAUGUUCUCAUUGUGAUUAUAUAGCAUUGAAUGAUGCUUUAUUGUCUAAACAUAUAUUAAAUCAUUCAAAAUUGAAUGAAUUCGUUUGUAACCAAUGUUCAACUUGGUUUAGGACAAAACAAGCAUUGAUAACCCAUAUGGCCCAAACAGGACACAAAAUUGGUGCUACCACAAAGGAGUCCCAACAGUGCAUCUAUUGCAAUAAAAUGUUCUUACGUGAAGCAAACAUGUAUGCUCAUGUAAAAUCAGUUCAUAAAGAACAAGCACGCAAUGAUGGUAUUAUUGAAUUUUCUGAUAAUGAAGAAAAGAAUUAUACUGAACCUUCUAUGGAAACUGUAGAAGGUAAUGAUAAGUAUAUCCCUAAUGACCCGCAAUUACAACAGAGGGGAAAGAUUAAAAUUCUUUCAAAUAUUGCUCUACCACCAGCAGUUUCAAAGGAAGUACAAAUGAUGCUUGCAUCCGGACAUCAGACGCAUGUUAAUACUAUAUCUCAAAAUGCUACAAUUGGCUCACAAAUUGUAGGAAGUGAUAUCAUUAUACAAAAUGCAGUAGUGCAAAGUUUAGAACCCAGCUCUGAAGCAGAGGCUUUAAACAAUGUGGCUUCUGGAAUAGCUACUAGUUUAGGUCUUGUGGAUAGCAUUGUUGUCAUGGACGAUCAUUAUGAAAUAUCUAACCAGAAUGUUGACGAGAAUCAAGACAAUACUCAAUUCCUUGUAAAUCAAAUGCAAUUGGAUGAAAUAUCAGAAGAACAUAUUUCAGAAACAAUGUCUGAACAUUCUCUUGUACAUAGCAAUGAAUCCAGUCUAGGACAAGUUCAGGCUGAAAUUCAAACUGGUUUCACAACAACAAAAAUAAUUACUCAGGGUAAUGUACUCAAAUUAACUGAGUCCCAGCAAAAUGAAAUAAUAAAUGAAUUACAAAAUUCAAACCAUCUAACAAGUCAGAAUAAUGUUGUUAUGGUUCUCACAGAAGAUCAAUUUAAACAGGUAAAAGAACAUCAAAUGCAAAACGAUGAAAAUAUAUAUGUUGUUUAUUCACAAGCUUCACAUAUUGAUGUGAAUGAAAAACAAUAUCUACAGAUAGGAGAAUCUGAAGAACUUCUGGAAGAAAAUACAGAACUUUGUAAUUCUAUAAAUCAGGAAACAAUAGAAAAUAAUAUUGCAGUACAGAAUGAGGCUUCUGGACAGUGGCCUGAAGAAACAGUUGAAAUGAUAUCAGAAGAGCUUAGAAAACAAAUACAGCCUGAUAAAGUUGAAGACUUGGUAAGUACACCUUUAAUAGUCAAAGAUGAUGAAAAUGAGACCCAAACAUUCAACUUAGAGCAAAAAGUGGUUACAAGAUUCUAAUGAAACAUGUAUGGAAGGAAUAUUGCAGCAU